GUUCUGUCUAUGGUGACACUGUGUAGUCGCAGAUCAGCAGAGGUUUGUCUGUUGAGCCAAGAUGGCCGAUUUCGAAGAACAGCUCACUGGGGAAGAGAAGGUCCGCAUUGCGGCUAAUUUUGUCAUCCAUGCUCCACCUGGAGAAUUCAAUGAAGUCUUCAACGAUGUGCGGAUACUUCUCAACAAUGACAAUCUUCUCAGGGAGGGUGCAGCACAUGCCUUUGCCCAGUACAACAUGGAUCAGUUCACCCUUGCCAAACUUGAAGGCUAUGAUGAUCAGGUACUGAUCACAGAGCAUGGCGACUUGGGCAACGGCCGUUUCUUUGACCCCCACAACAAGCAGUCAUUCAAGUUCGACCACCUGAGGAAGGAGGCCAGCGACCCCCAGCCCCACGAGGGAGAGGCGUCUCUCAGACCCUGGAGAGAUGCGUGUGACAGCGCCCUGAGGGCCUACGUCAAGGAGCACUACCCCAGUGGCGUCUGCACUGUUUAUGGGAAAACUAUAGACGGCCAGCAAACCAUAAUUGCUUGCAUUGAAGGUCACCAAUUUCAACCAAAGAACUUCUGGAAUGGCCGUUGCAGGUCUGAAUGGAAGUUCAGCAUAUCCCAAUCUACAGCUCAAGUCGUUGGAGUCCUCAAAAUACAGGUGCAUUACUAUGAGGAUGGAAAUGUGCAGCUGGUUAGCCACAAGGAUGUCCAGGAAUCCCUCACAGUGAAUAAUGAGACUCAGACUGCAAAGGAGUUUGUGAAAAUCAUUGAGGAUGCAGAAAAUGAAUACCAGACGGCCAUCAGUGAGAAUUACCAGACCAUGUCUGACACCACGUUCAAAGCCUUACGCCGGCAGCUUCCUGUCACCCGCACCAAGAUUGACUGGAACAAGAUCCUCAGCUACAAGAUUGGCAAGGAGAUGCAGAAUGCCUAGAGGACAGUGUGUUGGUCGUUCUGUCUGUGUUACUGCAAAGAAAAACUGCGAGAGAACGGGGGAAAUCAGAAACGGAGAGUGUGGUCUAAUGUGUUUAUUUUGUCUGUGUUAAAGAAUGCCACGAUUUCAUUUGUUGUCAGGAGUUGGUAUGCUUCCUUCGCCGCGUUACGAGGUAAUGCCUUCAUUUUAAGAGGACAUUCUGAUUGGUUGUUUAGCUCUGGCUCAUUUGCUAAUUUUUCAUUUAAACAAAAUGCCUUUACUGACACUGUGAAAGUUUGGGUCAUUGGGUCAUCCCCUCCUGCCCACACGCAUACUCAUGCUUCAAAAUCAGUCAUACCCCUCAUUUGGUUGUCUGGGUGCCACAGGUAGCAAUCUGUUUAAGCCCUGUUUGUAACCCUCCAAGCUCUUCCAUUGCUGGCACUAUGGCUGGGAUUCAAACAAAUGCAGAUAAAUGACCUGUGCAUUGUGGUUGAUCUUUGGUUGAAGGUGAUUUCCGAUUGAGCUGCCAUCUGCUGCGUUUACAGCUAAUGUGAUCUCUGUGAAUGUCUGGGGAAAUUGCCUUUAAAAGCCUAUCACUGUGUGCAGGUUGUUAAUCUGCGUUGGAUUGAAUUCCGAACUAAAUUAUUUUGUAUAGGUCUUGGCAAAUCUUUCUGUAACCCAAGGUCUCCGAGUGAGGUGUAUACUCCUUUUUAAUGACUAAAUAUAGUGCACCACCUCCCCCUCAAAGAAAAGACCCAAGUAUCAGCUCUGUUCCCUGCAAUCUUUCCCGUGGUAAAGAUAUGUACUUUGAACUGUUUAUUAAUGUUUUUUCAUCACACUGAAUUAAUCUUCAUUUCACACACCAGGCAGGCCUACAUGCUCGGUUCUCAGUGGUUUAAUCAAGCCUAAAUAAGUACAGUACCAUCAGUAUCCUCUUAUCAGUGAUUAGGCUAAGUUAAUAUAUAAUACCUAUACUUUGGAUAAAAGCGUCUGCUAAAUGGCUUAUUAUAUAUUCCUUUUUUACCUCCCACACUCCUUCCUUUUAGCUUUUUGCUAUAUGUUUUUAUACAAAAUGUCAGAACCAUGUAUAAUAAACAAAAGGAAUGAAGAAGUUGCACCAAAUGCUAUGCUGUAACUAUUGUGAUCAUUAACUGUUAACCAGUAUGUAGAAAUAUUCUGAUUGGGGAAAUAAAUUAAAAUCAGAAUUGGUGCCAAA